UUUCAUCAUAAUGUGCGAAAUUAUUUUUCAUUUUCAAACGAAUGGCCAUUAUUAUUAUGUGAUCUUACAAUAAUGUCCCAACAACAACAAUGUCCAGAUUGUCAAUCGCAAGAUAUUGUCAUUGACGAUUUCAUUUCAGUUUGUACAAAUUGUGGUAACGUUGUAAAUGAUGUACCGAAACUUGUGUUCCAACAACAAACAACGACCAAAGAUUUUGGAAAAAUAUCACAACCCCAAAGAUAUCAUCAUCAAAAUCUAGUCAAAUCAUCGGAUCAAAAACGAACAACCAUUCCAGUAUUGUAUGGUAUCAAACUUAUAUCUUCAUUAUCUAAAAAUCUUGAUAUUAACAAAGCUAUUCGUGAAAUGGCAAUAACUUUAUUUCGGGAUGUUUCGAAAGAAAAAGAAUUUAAAAAUUGUUCGACAAACGUCAAACAAAGUUUAGCUUUAUGUUGUUUAUAUGUGAUAUGUAAUCAAGAAAGUAAUCACAUUACUUUCAGCGAAUUGUUCAAAAAUUCAGACAGUGUUUUCAAACAUGUUGGUAAAAUUUUAUUGCGUUUGCAGAAAAAACGUCCAGAAUUUUUUGAAAAAGGUUCCAAAAAAAUCGAACCACUAGUCCCAUUAUAUCUUUUCAAGCAUGAUUUUGCAGAUAAAGAAAAAAUGACCAUUUCGGAUUACGCAACCGGAUUAGUAUGGAUGUGGCAAGAAGCGUGCCUUAUUCAAGGAUUAAAUCCUAUCACUGUCAUCUAUGUUGCCUUGUUCUAUGCUUGGAAAGCCGUUAACCAGAAACGAUCAUCGAUUACGAUUAACGAAUUUUGCAAUCAAUACGUAUUAAAAGAUUUCGCCAAAUAUUGUCCAUUGUUGAUCAAUAGUAAAGAAUUAACCAAAAAUACUGUUUCAUUACAAAUAGAAAAGAUUGUUUCAAUGAAACGACUAAUUAUUGCUCAAUAUAACCAGAACAAUACUUAUGAUCAACAAGUAUUGACUGAACAAAAAAACGAUGAUACAGAUGAUUCAGAAACACUGCCAACCAAACGAAUAGCUUUCAAAAAGUGGUCAGAAGAUAAUAUAAAAGAAGAUCAAGAUCUAUCCGAAGAAGAGAUUAAUUCCUAUAUUCGUACCGAUCGUGAAGUGGAAGUAAUUCGUAAAUUAUCUAACAAUUGAAGUAUUCUGUGAUUAUAAUAAUUCUUAUCAAAUCUUGUUAUGUGUAAUUAAUUUACUCAAAUUGCCAUUUAUAAUAGGUAUAUUUCUGUGAUAU